AGAUGGAGGUUAUGUGAUGCAGCUGGAGCGCCGUGGGUACGUGAAGGCUGGGCACUGGACACCUGAAGCUGCUGUUGAGCAUCCUGAAGCAGUGCGGCAGCUGCACAGGGAGUUCCUGAGAGCAGGAGCCAACGUGAUCCAGACCUUUACCUUCUACUGCAGCGAGGAUAAACUGGAGAUCAGUGGCAAUGUCAAGGGCAUCACGGGGGCCCAGAUCAACGAGGCAGCCUGUGACAUGGCCCGGGAGGUAGCCAAUGAGGGGGAUGCGUUGGUCGCUGGAUCUGUGUCUAAGACUCCCUGCUAUCUGAAGAGUCACAGUGAGCCUGAGGUCAAGGCCAUCUUUAAGAAACAGAUGGAUGACUUUGUGAAGAAGAACAUUGAUUUCUUAAUAGUGGAGUUUGUCGAUCAUGUGGAGGAGGCGGUGUGGGCAGUGGAGGUGCUGAAGACCAGCGGUAAACCAGUGGGUGCAACACUGUGCAUCUCGCCUCACGGAGACCUGGACGGAGUCCCACCUGGAGAGUGUGCUGUCAGGCUGGUCAAAGCAGGAGCGGACAUUGUCGGGAUAAAUUGCCACUUGGAUCCUCUGACGUGCGUCCGUACGGUGAAGUUGAUGAAAGCAGGAUUAGACAAAGCUGGACUGAAAGCUCAUCUCAUGAUCCAGCCGCUGGGCUUCCACACACCUGAGUGCAACCUGGGGGGAUACACCAGCCUUCCUGAGUACCCCUUUGCAAUGGAGACCAGAGCAAUGACCCGCUGGGACAUACAUAAAUACGCGAGGGAGGCUUACAAUGCUGGAAUUCGUUAUAUUGGUGGCUGCUGUGGAUUUGAGGCCUACCACAUCAGAGCUAUAGCAGAAGAGUUGGCCGCAGAGAGAGGAUUCCUGCCUCCAGCCUCAGAGAAGCACGGACUGUGGGGAGCUGCUCUGGAGAUGCACACUAAACCCUGGGUCAGAGCCAAGGCUCAUCGAGAGUACUGGGAGAACCUGCUCCCUGCUUCUGGACGCCCCUAUUGCCCCUCCAUGGGCCCGCCAGGUGAUGACUAUGAAAAACAGCUGGAAUCUUAAAUACCAACAUAAUCAUUUUUAUACGUCAAGAAGGUUUCUUUAUUCGUCAUAAUUCUGUUCAGAUUAACCACUUGUUUCAUAUUAAGAAUUUGAAUCAACCACAUCGUUUAACCAUUUACACAGUUCACUCUUUCCAAAGUGGUCAAUAAACAUGUUUUUCUUACUGAUUAUUGUUGUAAUUUUCUGCAAAGAAAUCUAAUAAAAACAAAACAAAAAUC